AUGGCCAAUUCAAACUUACGAAACACCGGUUCUAAUAAUAACAGGGACAGAGUGGAAGAUCGUUCUGAUCUUUGCGAUGUUAUGAUUCGUGUUGGUGAACAUCUGGACGUAAAAACGUUCUAUGCAGAUUCGAAAUUACUGAGUUCAAAAUGUUCUUACUUUCGCACUGCCCUAUCAAGCAAUUGGGCGAGGAAAGAGGAUGGUGUUUUCAUAAUCGAAAAACCGAAUAUCUCGCCUAAAGUUUUUGAAAAUAUUUUGAGGUAUAUUAAGGGUGGUGACGUAAACUGGAAUGCACUGGAUGGUCAGGAAUUCCUUGGAAUUUGGCUAGCGGCUGAAGAAUUUAUGCUGGAUGAAUUGGAAAAAAAGGUGCGAGAAUUCUUUGAGACAAAGGAAGAACGCUUGAGGCCAAAUUUUAUUCAGAUACUUCGAUUAGUAUAUCAGAAUGAUUCCUUAGAACGAUUUCGAGGUAAUUGUGUAGACAUUAUUAAUACAACGACCUGGUUUCAGGACAAUCCGGAAUUUGAUUCUCUGGAUGGAUCAAUUUUCCAAAGUUUACUUAAUGACGAAGAACACUAUGUUUACGAUGGUGUCAUGUGGAACUUACUGAUUCAGUGGGCUUGUGCUCAAACACCGAAGUUAGAUAUUUCCAAACGGGAUAAGUGGUCCGUGGAGGAAUUCGAAUCAUUAAGAUCUAGGAUCAGUCACUUCCUCCCUUACAUAAAGUUUUCCCUAAUCUCUCGAAACGACUUCUACGAAAAUGUUUUACCUUGCAAAGCCAUAUUGCCGGCAGAAACGACAUCAAACGCAUCAUUACAAUAUUACCUCCAUUAUAUUGAUGAGGAUGGAAAUCCUAGACCUGAUGUAUUAAGGCCAAAUGUGACCUUGGAUGAUUCAAAAAUCGUGAAUCACACCCAUGUUGCUGUGAUCGCGCGAUGGAUCGAUUCAGGUAGAGAAAAAGAAAAUAACAAUUGUUUUGACAUAUCAGCAUCUAUCAGCAUACAUUCUUUUGAUUCAAAUAGCAAUAAUACUUUGGAUGAGACCUCAUCGACUGAAGGAGAUCAAGAACCCGCGCAUGAUGCAAAAACAAAAUCCGAUGAAAAGGUAUCGAAACACUCGUGGAAGCCAUCUUCUUUGAAACGACUUUGGCCUUUGCGCAAACAUAAAAAACCAAGUAACGCAGACCCCACUAGUACCAAGAAAACAUUGGCACUGUACCCAGCAUUCAAGUUAAGGCCCCUUCAAUUGCAUCUGACUACUCCUCGCACUCCACGAAAGGGUGCGACUGUUGUGGUGGCAUCCGUUAGUCGCACGAGAUUCAUUGUUGGCGGAUAUUAUCCUAUCAGCACUGAAGGAUCUUAUCCAAUCAUGGUGUUUGCCGGAUCAAUGGAUGCCUUCAUAUUUUCCUUUGGCGAGGGUGAUAAUCCUGAGGAGGAGUCUAUAAUCAGCAGAGUGUUGAAGGAGCACGCGCAUGAGGCCAUAUGUCGUACGCUUUAUGGUCCUGGAUUUGGUGAUAACGAUCUUAUCAUCAAACUCGCAGGACAAGAUCAGCCAAAGAAUGGUAUUUGUGGCAAAAGAUUUUACGAGAAACAGAUUAUGGAUACGAGUAUGUUCAACUUUGAUGAGGUUGAGGUAUUCCAAAUUAUCAAGAAGGACCGGUGA